AUGGCCGACGAAAAGCCUAAGGAAGGAGUCAAGACUGAGAACAAUAAUCAUAUUACCUUGAAGGAGGUGGGGCAGGAUGGUUCUGCGGUGCACUUUAAGAUGAAGAGGCAGACACCACUUAGUAAACUAAUGAAGUUCUACUGUGAACGACAGCUGGAAAUAGAGGAUGAAGAUUCAAUGGAUGUGUUCCAGCAGCAGACAGGAGGUGUCUACUAA